AUGCUGGGCGACCAGGUGACACGUGUCCAGUCUGCACUGCGAGCUGUUCAUCACAAGAAUCAAGUCCAAGCGCUGAUGGACGCCGUCUUGUCUCCUCAAAGCCAGCAGAUCUCAAGAAACUCCCUCCGUCAGCGCUUCCGUGACGUCUCAGAAGCUGCCGGAUCAGCGCCCGCCGUGUGGGGAAUGUGCAUGUUUUCUUUCUCGCCGCGAUGGAGAAGUGGUAGCGAACAGGCUGCGACGGACGCCGUGUGUACAAAUGAAGGGCGGGAAAUAAACGCUGCCGUUGAGUCAACGCCGUGUUUGCUUCCUGUUUUGAUCACACGGGAGAAUGAAAGCGGAGUUGUGGAAGGCGUGGGCCUCGCCAUUAAAAUAGAGUACAGGUGUUUGGGCCUGCAGUCGGCGUGCACGCUCUGCGCGCUCACGUCACGCAGCGGGAAAGGCACGCGCGGAGGCACGAGAUCCAGUCACUGCGGCGGCUGUGUGAGACGAGGCGGCAAAGUGGCGACAUUUUGUUGGAAAUCGUGUGGCGCAAGACUGUCUGGGACCAGACUGAAGCUGGGGAAAUUAAAGGUGGUGCGGCGGCAGCUGCUGCAAAGGUAUGAACACCAGCCCUUCGUCUCCUGUCUGGCUGGCCUUUACGGUUGCCAAUGGAGACGAUAUCAGAGAGCUCGGGCCCAGCCGGGAGAGUGCUGCUGCAGCAAGGUGGAGUGUGGGAGCUUUGGCCUCCUGAUCCUCACCUUUUUUCUGUCUUUAGUGUUUCUUUAUUUCUGGAUUGAAGCUCAAAAUGACUACAAUGACUUUGACUGGUUCAACUUUGGCACUUUGGGCUUCUGGUUUCCCUGGUCUUUAGUCUUGCUGGUUGUGGCUGCUGCACUCUUCACAUACAUUGCACUAUUACUGGUGUUGGCUGUGUGUCUGUUGUCUGAGGGUCAAAGGUUAUACCUUCACUGGAGCCACAAGACCGGCAUCAUAGUGACGUUGGUGUUCUCUGCAAUUGCCACGGCCAUCUUGUCUGACCUCUGGAGCAAAGAAUGGACAACUCUCCUUCUUUCCCUGCAGGUGACAGCUCCUGUCCUACAUGUAGCUGCACUUUCACUGAUGGCCAUCAUCUCCUGGCCGAUAGCUUUGCACUUCUUCCGCAUGAACAACAGAGCGCGUCAGGUGGCAGUUCUGGGUGUCUUCCUGUCCGGGCUUUUCUCCCUCUACUUGGUCCCUCUAGGAAUGUACUCUCCCUGCAUUAAAGACUCAGGAACGCUGGGAGCCGCCCCAAUGCUCAUUGGUCACCGAGGAGCACCGAUGCUGGCUCCAGAGAACACGCUGAUGUCCUUUGAGAAGGCGGUGGAAGCUGGAGGAGACGGACUAGAGACUGAUGUUACCAUUAGUUAUGACGGUGUUCCCUUCCUGAUGCAUGACUCUACUUUGAGGAGAACCACGAACAUCGCAGAGGUUUUCCCAAACCGAACAUACUUUGAUGCGUCCAUGUUCACCUGGGCAGAGCUUCAGCAGCUGAAUGCUGGAGACUGGUUCUUAUCUAGGGACCCAUUUGGAACAGUGUCUUCUUUAACCGAGGUGGAUCGCAACCAAGCCAAGAACCAGUCCAUUCCCUCCCUGGCACAGUUUCUGGAGGUAGCAGCUCGAAGUGGCAGACAAGUGCUGUUUGACCUUCGCAGACCACCUUUUGGUCAUCCAUACUGUCACUCAUACAUCAACACCACACUGCAGGUGGUGCUGGACCACAUCAACUCAUCUCAGGUGCUGUGGCUUCCAUCUCAGGACAGGGAGCUUGUCCAGGCUGUGGACCCGGAGCUGCAGCAGACUUCUGGACAAAGAUGGUCCAUUCAGGAGCUGUUAGAUGGUCACAUUACUACUCUAAAUCUGCACUACAGCAGCAUGUCACAGGAACAGAUCAGCAAAUACCGCUCUGUGAAUAUCAGCACUAACCUGUAUGUGAUCAGCCAGCCGUGGCUCUACACUCUGGCCUGGUGUGCUGGAGCUCAGUCUCUUACCACCAACUCCAUCCACAUUCUGUCCAACAUUGACAAGCCUCUCUUCCUCAUGACCCCUGAGGAAUAUACUCUGAUGUGGAUCCUAACUGAUGUUGUUUCUGCAAUACUCAUCAUCUCCAUUUUCAUUUUCCAUUGGUGGAGAGAGAGAGGCCUGCCCUUCCUGUCAGGCAGUCGUCAGACUCAUGAGAAUGGACCAUACAGCAAGUUUAGGACUGAGCUCAGCGAUGUCUGGUCCAUCUCUGGUGUCAACGUUCAGCCCGAACAGCGCAGCACGCCCACUUUACACCCUAACCCCCACCUGCCCACCAUCACAGAGGAGUGACAGAAAUGCACAUAAUAGUUAUCAUUAUGUUAUAUUUUUAUUUUUAACUGAAAUCCUAAGCACAGUCUAACUUGUCCAGAGAUGAUUCUGAUAUUUUGCUACCAAAGCAGUGGAGAAAUGCAGCAGUGUGGGCUUUUUUUUUUUUUUUUUUAAA